AUGAAUCAUUCAUUUUAAAUUGUACCUUCAGAUAAUUUUUUGAAUAUUCUGAAUCAAAACAAUAUUUCUGUUGUAGAUAUAGAUGAUGAAUACAGAGUCGAAUAAGAUUGGAUGUUUGAGAAUGAGAAUAAUUAUAUUGAAGAAUAACAUGAGCCAGAAUAACCUAUUUUGUAUGAACGAUCUAAAGCCCUUGUAGGAAAUCAACUAUUGUAAAAGUUAAAGAAAACUAAAGAAGAAGAUCUUUUAAAACAAAAUAAAGAAGUUUUUUAGGUUAAUCAAUCCAAAAGUCUCUAUCUAAAUAAAAUAUAGUAAUUAAUUGAUAAUCCUGCUGUUGUAAGCAAGCCUAAGCAGACGUAUAAUUGCUUUAUCCACUUAGUCGUCAGAAAGUAAUUGUUGAAAGCGACUCAUCAGAUGGAAAGGGUAGAUUGGCUAAAAAUAGAGAAUCAGCAAGAAAUUCUAGAAAAAGAAAAAAAAUAUAUGUAGAAUUAUUAGAAAAUAAAGUAAAAGAGUUGACAGAGUAAAUCAAAUAAUUGGAAUCCAAUUUAUAAUAAUAUAAAAUAAAAAAUCUAUAAGUAAAUCCUUAUAUUAUAUAUUAUUUAGCUUGAAAGUUUUAGAGAAGAUUAUCAUAAAUAAUUAUCUUAAUUGAAUGGAUUAUAAAGUAUUCAAAUAUUACAAGAAUAAUAUGGUGCCACAUCAUAAAAACGAUGGAGUGUCUGUACUGAAUUAAUUAAUCUAUUGAUUGAGUCUACAAUUCCUAUAGAAAUUAAAAAGUUAAUGGAAUCUGCUAAAAAUGGAACAGAUAUGUUUAUUAAACCACUAUUGAAUCAUAAUUCAUGUUUGUAAUACAGAGAAUAUUUUUAAUAAGGAAUUAUUGAUUUAGAGAUGUAAGCUAUUAUUUAAAUUGAGAGCAACAAAGAAUUUUGGAUUAUCAUAUGAUAAGAUAAGAGAAUAAGUAUUCUACUUAGAGAGAUUAAAAUUAGAAGUCAUAUAAACAAUAGGAGCUAAUUAAUUCAUCGAGUACUUAAAUUAAUAGCUUUGUUGA